GUCCAAGCGUGCGACAACGACGGCAAAACGCCUCUCCAUCUCGCUUGCGGAAACCGAACUUGGCUGGGAUCAACAGCGGUAGCCGAGACUUUGAUUGGCAGCGGCGCCGACGUCAACGCACUCGACAAGGACCAAAACUCUCCUCUCCAUGCUGCCUGCGAGGCUGGGGGCCAAGCGACAGUGGAAGUGCUGGUCCAGAAAGGCGCUGACAUACGAGCGCCCAACUCGGAUGGAAUCCCGCCUCUUCAUCUUGCUGUCCAGGCGGGCAACCGGGCGAUCGUUGAAAUGCUCCUCGGCGAGGGCGUUGACCCCCAGACGCCGGAUAGACGCGGCAAAUCCCCGCUCCAUCUUGCGUGCCAAUUUCCGGUUUCUGGAAUCGCCGAGAUCGUGAUCGAGAAAUCGACGGACCUCGGAAAGCCAGACGAGGAUGGUAGAUCGCCGUUGCAUCUCGCUUGCCAGUUUCAGAACUUUCAAACCGCUCGAAUGCUGGUCGAAAGGGGCGCUGCGGUCGGGGUUCCUGACAAGUAUGGCAAAUCGCCA